UAAACUUAAAUUCAGACCAAAAAGCAAAUGUUUUCAUAUUUUUUUGCGACAUAUUGCCAAUUUUGACUUUGUCUGUGCUAUCUAGUGGAAGCUACAAAAAAGGGGCCCUGCGUCUUUAACGGCAAAUUGUACAGAAUUUUAUUUCGCGAGAUUUGCUUGGCGCGGUGACCCAUGUGAGCGACACCUCCUGCAAGAAUCAUUCUCCCCUGCAGAGGAAAAGGCUAUGGAGUGUUGAACGUUUUCACUGUUAUUCCCCUUUCCCCCCAAGCCCCUGUAUUUGUUGUGAUUCAUUUCUGUAACCUUUUUUGGUGGCUAUCGGGCGGUGGAACGAUGUGGAUUCAAAUUCGGACCAUAGACGGAAAGGAGACACGAACCAUUGAGGAUCUUUCCAGGCUGACCAAAAUUGAGUCUCUGAGGCUGAAAAUCCAAGAGAUCUUCAAUGUAAACCCCGGACAACAACGGUUAUUCUAUCGGGGCAAACAGAUGGAAGAUGGCCACACACUGUAUGACUACAACGUGGGUCUGAACGAUAUCGUCCAGCUGCUUAUCCGUUCCCAAGCGGGGGACGCUCCAGACAGUCCUCUCAUCUCUCCCUCCGUCAUCUCCCCUGUCGUCAGCCCCAAGGAGUGUGACACACUGCCCCCCACCACCCCCAACACUACGACUGGUGCAGCUACCACCCCCUCUAAACCUACCACCGUGGCCCCAACACUUACCCCCAAACCCACCACAGUCAACAACAACAACACAACCACCACUGGCAACACCAGUACUACCACCAACAUCAGUACCAGUAAGAAAACGAGUAACACCAGUGAUCCCAAUAACAACGGAGACGAGUCUUCUGGUCCACCGGCACCGCUGGAGAAGCACGACAACCAGCCAUCAACCUCUACACGUCCCUUCCUCAUAGACGCGGGAAUUGGGGUGUUCAAGAUAAACGAAUUGGUGGACUGCAGAGACAUAAGCAUCGGUGCCUGGUUUGAAGCCUGCAUCGACAGCGUGUCACACAGCCCAAAGGGACAGCACAGCACCAGUAAAGCUCCUACAGCAGGGAAGGUUGGCAGGCCUAGCAAAAGGACUAACGGCAAGCUUGAGACAGAGCCGGGCCAAAGCCACCUCUCCUCCUCAGACAAUAAUAAUGGGAAUAAUUCUUCUUCUGUGUUGAACUCUGACAGUAUUGGGCCAGGGGCUGGGCCCUCCACCUCUCAAACAGACUAUACCGCCACAGACAAAGAGAAGGAGGAUGUGACGUACCACAUCAGAUAUGAUGAUUACCCUGAGAACGGCGUGGUGGAGAUGUGUGGCGGUAACGUGCGGCCGCGGGCUCGGACCCUACUCAGGUGGGACCAGCUCACGGUAGGCCUGGUUGUCAUGGUGAACUACAACAUAGAGAUCCCUGAGGAGAGGGGCUUCUGGUUCGAUGCUGAGAUUACAGCACUCAAUGAGAUCUCCAGGACCAACAAGGAGGUCCGCAUCAGAAUCCUGCUGGGAGGGCCAGGGGACGUCAUCCCAGACUGUAAACUGUUGUUUCUGGAUGAGAUCUAUCAGAUUGAGAAGACUGGAGCACACUCGCUGUCUGCUGUAGAUGGACAGUUCAAACGCAAGAGCGGGCCGGAGUGUAAGCACUGCAAGACGGACCCCGAGUCGGAGUGCAGGUUCUGCUCGUGCUGCGUGUGUGGAGGGAAGCAGGAUGCCCAUAUGCAGCUGCUGUGUGAUGAGUGUAACAUGGCCUUCCAUAUAUACUGUCUCAACCCACCGCUAGCCACCAUACCUGACGACGAGGACUGGUACUGUCCCACCUGUAAGAACGACACCAGUGAGGUGGUUAAGGCCGGGGAGAAGCUGAAGGCCAGUAAGAAGAAAGCCAAGAUGCCCUCGGCCCAUACAGAGAGCCAGAGGGACUGGGGCAAGGGUAUGGCCUGUGUGGGGCGCACUAAGGAAUGUACCAUCGUCCCUUCCAACCAUUACGGGCCCGUACCUGGGGUUCCCGUGGGAACAACAUGGAAGUUCCGCGUUCAGGUGAGUGAGGCGGGAGUGCACAGGCCCCACGUGGGAGGUAUCCACGGCCGCAGUAACGAUGGCUCCUAUUCGCUGGUGCUGGCUGGGGGCUUCGAAGAUGAAGUGGACAGGGGAGAUGAGUUCACCUACACAGGCAGUGGGGGUCGCGACCUUUCAGGGAACAAGCGCAUCGGGGAGCAUUCCUUUGACCAGACCCUGACCCACUAUAACAGGGCCCUGGCGCUGAACUGUGACGCCCCCAUCAACGACAAGGAUGGGGCGGAAUCGAGGAACUGGCGUGCGGGGAAGCCGGUGAGGGUGGUGCGGAGCUCCAAGGGCCGACGCAUCAGCAAGUACGCUCCGGAGGAGGGCAACCGAUACGAUGGCAUCUACAAGGUGGUGAAGUACUGGCCAGAGAAAGGAAAGUGUGGUUUCCUGGUGUGGAGGUACUUGCUGCGAAGGGAUGACCUGGAGCCUGCUCCCUGGACACCUGAGGGGCUGGCGCGUAUCCAGACACUGGGCCUGGCUGUGCAGUAUCCUCCAGGCUACGUGGAGGCCAUGGCCAACAAGACCAAGAAGGAGGCUAAUGCUCGGCCAGGGUCCACCAGGAGCAAGAAGCACCCUGGACGGGGCCGGCCACGGCUACAACCUCUGAAGAAGGAGAAGAAGGUGAAGGAGGAGGAGGAAGAAGAUGAGGAAGAGAAGCCCAUGGAGGGUACAGACCAGUCACAGAGUAACGGCAGUCAGGAGACAGAGAUGGAAUCCACGGAGCCCCGAGCCAAGCGUCAGAAGAUGGAGGAGUCGUUCCAGCUGACAGAGCAGCAGCAAAGCCUCAUAAAGGAAGACCAGCCCAACAGAAAGAACUGGGACGAGGCCAUGGGACACCUCAAGGAGGGGCCGAACUUCCUGAGGAAGGUGGAACAGACGUUUAUGUGUGUCUGCUGCCAGGAGCUGGCCUACCAGCCCAUCACCACCGUCUGUACACACAACGUGUGCAAGACCUGUCUCCAGCGGUCGUUCCGUGCUGAGGUGUAUACCUGCCCUGCCUGUCGCCACGACCUGGGGAAGGAUUACGUCAUGGUCCUAAACAAGACUCUACAGCUGCUCCUGGACCAGUUCUUUCCUGGCUAUAGCAAGGGCCGAUGAGGACAAGACACCUGCACUUACCCAAACAGUUACACACAAACCCGUGAUGCAUACAAACAAACAUAGGCAUUACACACUUAUUCAUACAUUGGUACAUAGUAUACACACACCCUCCAUCUCCUAGGCAGCAGGGACUGACCCCACCUGUUGGACUUGGACUGUCCCCAUUUACGUCACCAGCCUGAAGUCAUCCGAGCCCCAGGAGAGCCUGGAGCCCCAUGCCCCUACACCCCCCCCCCCUAGCCUUCCACGUCCACAGAACUCAUCAGUUCAUCGCCAUCUACCUGUCCAUGUGAGGAACAGCCAGAGAGGAUGCUAAUGCUAACCAUAGCCAUGUAGAGAAUAUGUCUCUGAUGCUAACGCUACUUAGCCUCCAAUGGGAGGGUGCUUGAGGUCAGCAGCACCUACAAGGGUCAGGGAUUACCACCUAGGAGAGGGGGUUGAUGGGAAAUGUAGUGUACAAUGUUAAAGGUUAUUUCUUUAUUACUGGUCCAUUUGAACUUUAGACUCAAAUGGCUUCAUUCUUUUAAAGGCCCUGUGCAGUCAAAAACUAGAUUCUUGUUUUAUAUAUAUUUCCACACGGAGGUUGUAAUAAUACUGUGAAAUUUAUGAUAAUGCCCUUUUAAUGUAAGAGCUGUUUGAAAAGACUGCCUGACAUUUCAGCCUGUUUUGGUGGAAUGGAGUUUGGCCUUCCACGGGGACAUCACCAUGUGGUAAAUUAGUUAAUAGACCAAUAAGAAAGAGUUCCAAACCUCUCUGCCAAUAACAGCAAAUGCUUAGUUUUCCCUUCUGCACUCAAACCACUCCCAGACAGUCCUAGCAAAGUUCUUGCUUGAGAAAUUGCAAUUUCUCAAGCACGCUAUAUAAGGAGCUAUUUUUGAUCAUUUUUAUUGAAAACGAUCACAGUAACGUACUUUGUUGUAGCCUUGUACGAACCACCCUGGUCUCGCGAGUUCACAUUCUGUUUCCCUACACAGAUAUCCAGGAUGGUUUGUACGAGGCUAGCUUAAUUGUUUCCUAGAAAUGAUUUGAAUAUUGAGAUUAAAAAAUGGCUGCAUUGGACCUUUAAGGAUGUGUGCCUGUUCCUCCCUUUCUCCUCUGUUCCUUGUCUGUCUGUUCUUGUGGUGAUGUCUUUUUUCUUUCAAAUAUUUCAGGAUUUUUUUAAAGACAUGCAAAAUGUUUUAAAUAAUGCUAUGGUCUCUAAAGCAGCAAACUGUGAUGUUUAUUACUUCCUUCCUACCUACUGCUCAAAGUGCUUAUAUACAAAACAGAAAUGUUCUUCUGCAUUGACUGGCAAGCUAAUUGUGUUCUUCUCCUGUCCCUAGGGUUGCAAGAUUCCGGUAACUUUCCAAAAUUCCCAGGUUUUCCAGAAAUCCUGGUUGAAAGAUUCACGGAAUCAGGGGGGACUAAGCAGGAAAUCCAGGACUCCUUCGACAGGGAUUUCUAGAAAACAUUUGAGAAAGUUUUGCAACCCUACCUGCCCCCCAGUCUUGUACCGACCCCUACCGUACUAACAGUUCUCUAGUCAAGUGGACGCUUCGCUUCAGCAUUAAUGUUCUCUGUUUUUAUUGUACUUGUUUAAAAGAAAAAAAGUGAUGUCUAUAAUUUCCUAUACUACUACAACGUAUGCCAUUUUUCUAUAAUUUUAUUUGCCUAUUCUAUUUUAAUCUGUAGUUAUUUUUGUGGCAACCUUUACCUGCUGCUGUGUCAGCCUGAAUGAAGAGUUUCAUUGCUUCAUAUUGUGAUCUGAAAUUUUAUACAUGGUAUAAUAAUACUUGAUAUGUACCUAAUUAAAUAUUUUGAUUCCAGAAAACAA